AUGGCCGCUAACGCGACCGCCCCGAAAAUACGCACCGAGACCAACGGGCCGUACGUCACCGGGAUCGCCGUCGGCUUCGCCAUCGCCUCCGCCGCCGUCUUCUCCCUCCGGCUCUACACCCGGCUCUUUCUCCUGAAGACGGCCGGGAAAGAUGACUGGACCAUUUGUAUCGCGAUGGUCUGCGCCGUGGUCGUCACAAUGUCAACGUGCAUGGAGGUGAGAUAUGGCAUGGGAAAACAUACCGAGAACGUCUCUGCGGCGGAGAUGCGUGAACAACUCAAGUACCUCUUCAUCACCAUCCUCCACUACAACAUGGGCAUGAACGUCGCCAAGGUCUCGUUCUUGCUCCAGUACCGGCGCAUCUUCGUCGACCGAGUCGUGAGGCGCGUCUGCGCCUGGGCCAUGGCAUACGUCGCCGUCUGGGCGUGCGUCCAGGCGACGCUGCUCGGCCUCAGCUGCCUGCCCAUCUCCUUCAUCGUGCCCAGCACGGCGGGCUUCUGCCUCGACACGCUGCCCAUCUGGUACUUCUCGUCGGCCAUGAGCCUGAUCACCGACCUGGCCAUCUUCUGCAUCCCGCUGCGCUCCGUGCUGCAGCUCCAGCUGCCGAGGAAGCAAAAGUUCAUGCUGUUUGGCAUCUUCUGCCUGGGCUUCGGCGUCUGCAUCAUAUCCAUGUACCGCAUGUUCACCCUCCGCACCGCCGUCUUCAGCGACGACCCGACGUGGGAUAACAUCGGCGCGGCCAUCUGGUCCGUCAUCGAGCUCAACACGUCCAUCAUCGCCGCCUCGCUCCCGACCAUCCGGCCCCUCCUCGCCAAGUGGCUACCGCGCGCGGGGCUCUCGUCGGCGCGCAAGUCGAGCGACUGCCAUUCGGGCCUCUCCCAUGGCGGCGGCGGCGGCGGCGGCGGCAAGUCCAGGGACUUCGGCAGCGCGAGGCGCGGCGACGAGGUCGAUACGGGGGCCGGGGCCAGCACCGACGACCUCGUGCUCAAGGACUUCGGCGGCACCGGCACCGGCGGUCUCGGGUAUUCCGGGGGUGGGUCGUCGGUGUUCACGGCCCACCCGAUGCAGGGAGGCGGCGGCGGCGGCGGCGGCGGCGGCGGUCAGGUCGCGGGCGUCGGCCGCCACAACAUCGUCGUCACGACGGAGACUAGUGUCAAGGAGGACAGGCGAGAGAGAACCCACAGCUGGGGAUAUGCCAAUUGA